AUGGAAAGAACAGUUACUCACAAAAAUCCAGUUUUUUCUAAUGCCUUUCCAAGCCCAAAAAUCAUAUUUCUUCACGGUCCUCCAUCUUCUGGGAAAAAAACUCAAGCAGAAAGGCUAAGCUCUGAGCAAGGCUGCUACCACAUUUCAAUGAAAGCUUUAAUGCAAGCAGAAAUCAAACGAGGAAGUGAAGAUGGCCAACAAAUAGAAAAAAUGCUUAAAGCAGGUCAUGUUCCUUCUAAAGAUAUUAGAGUAAGUUUGCUUUCAAGAGAAAUUUCUAUCAACCCAAACCACUCAUACAUAAUUUCAGGAUUUUUGAAAAGCUUAGAUGAAGCUUUGGAGUUCGAGAAAAGAGUCGCAGAAAUAAAGCUGAUUGUUCAUUUUGCUAUUAAUGAUAAACAAGCUUAUUUUGAACAGCUGCAAGGUAGAAAUAUCCUAAUUAAUAUACAAAAGAAUUAAAAAUUUUAAAGCAAAUGGUUAAUUUUAAUAUAAAACAGUAAAAAAUUUGUAAAUUAAUAAACAUUUUUUUUCGAAAAAGAAUAAAAAUUUAGAACAAAUUGAGCACUAUUUAAACCAAAAACACGAAAUCAUUGAAUUUUAUAAACAAUUUGGAGCUGUCAAAGAAACAGAAGCAAUCGGAACACCAGAGGUUUCUUUCAAGAAAUUCAAACUUGCCAUAAGGCCAGAAGUCUUCUUCAUCAUAGGUGCUCCUGGCUGUGGAAAGUCCACAAUCGGGUCCAAAAUGGCCGAAAAAUACAACUUACAAUUUAUUGAUUUAGAAAGCAUUGUUUGGGACAAAGAUGUCAGUGGAAGACCUGUAAGGAUUACAGACGACAACUCUAUAUCCUCCAGAGUUAUGCAAACAAUGGAAAGGACCAGCUCUAUGAGAUUCCUAAUUGAAGGGUUCCCAACUACUCUUUACAAUUUAAAACAAUUUGAGCUUGCUUAUGCAAAACCUAAGAAAAUAUUUUAUAUUGCCUUAUAUAAAGAAGAACUAAUGCAAAGAUCGACAAAUCCUAACAUAAAUGUUGAGUAUUUAAGCUAUAUGAAAAAAAUGUCCCCAGUUAUAGACGCAUUAGAAAAAAAGCCAAAUUUCGCUAAAAUUAAUGCAAAUUUGACGGUAGAAAAUUCGAUGAAACAGAUUUCAAGCCAUAUGGAGCCAGAAGUAGUGAUAAUAAGAAAAGACCAAGAUGGAAGUUUUUCUAAUUAUUUGCAUGGGCUAGGAUUCACUGAUGUAAAUUUACAAGAAUCAAUGACUUUGAUAUGUAAAAGGCAAACCCCCAAAGGCAAAAAUAUCAUGCAACAUAUAGAAAACGGAAAAAUCGUCCCUAAAAAAUUGCUAGUCAGCUUAAUCCAAGACUCCUUAUACAACGGUUCCAGCUUUGGCAAAAAAUUCAUUAUCAAAGGAAAAUUCCCAGCCAGUGUAAAAGAGCUAAAAUUCUUCGAAAAAGACUGUGCAAAAAUAAACAAAAUUUACCAUAUAAUUAACAACCCCAAUGAUUUCUCUAUGUCUGAGCUCGACAAAGAAGACAUCGACACCUGCCUCGCCAAAGACAACAGAUUAAGCAAAAUUUAUUAUAACCCAGCCUUAUCAGAAGAAGAGAGGUUAAGAUAUUUUGAGCAUGACCUCCAAGAGCGAAUUAAUAGAAAAAAAGGAAAAUGGAUUGUGGUAUUAGGACAAUAUUUAACUGGAAAAUCCACUAUAGCUAAAUACCUAGCAGAGCACCACAAAUAUAAGCUUAUUAAUUAUGAAGAGCUCCCAGAACAAAUUAAAGCUAAAAAAAGCACCGAAGAAGAACCCUAUGAAAAUGUUACCUGGCAUGAUAUAAUAGAAGAAUUAGUUUUCCAAUCUUCUAAUUCCCCUCCGUGAGUGAGCAAAAAAAUUUUUGUUCUCUUAUUUUUUUAAAAAAAUUAUAUAUAAACUUUAUGCUGAAAUUUUUUAAAAUAUAAAAAUAAUUUAAAAAAAUUUUGAGUUUCAAAAUGCAACCUGAUUAAUAUUAAAAAAGAACUAAAUUGAGAUAUCUUAUAAUAAUUGCUACUUAUAUAUCAAAAAUAUUUUUUUAUAAAAAAUUUUUUAUUAGCUCACAGAGGGUGGGUUCACCCAAAAAAAAUAGGGAUUUUUCAAAUGCUUUUGUUCACUCACUGAGAGGGGAGUAAGCCAAAUGCAGUUAUUUUAUUAGACGGAUUUCCUCCAGAUACUAUGGUUUUAGACGCAGAAGAAGAAAAAAAAGAGGAAAAUGAAGAAGAUGAAGAAGUGAUAGAAAAAGAUAAAAAUGUGGAAUAUUUCAAUAGAAUUAAAGAUGAGUUUAUAGCAGCUAUGGGGAAACCUUAUGCAGUUCUGCAUACUGUAACUGAUCUUCCUAUUUUAGAAAAAAGACUGUUUGUGAGCUUGGAGCUGGGUGAAGAAGAUGAACUGACAGAAGAACACCAUGAGAUGUUUAAAGAUUCAGCAGCAAAAGAAAACCCAUUUUUAGGGUGGCUGGAUUCGUUGAAAGUCGCCUAUGAGCAUGAACUAGAUCCAGAUAGCUGGAAAACUAAAAUUUAUUAUCAGAUUGAUACUUCAAAAACGAUUUCUAAAACAAAAGAGUACCUAAACUCAAUUUUCAGCAAAAAAUUCAUUAUAGUGGAUGGAGAUUGCCACAAAAACUAUGAAAAUUAUAUCGAAAAUUUGUGCAUAAAUUAUGAUAUUUUCCAUGUGAAUAUGGAAUCUGUGAUUACAGAAGAAAUUAAUACACUUUCAGAGCGUGGAAAUUUGAUCCAGACUAUGAGAUCUCAGCAUAUCCAGCUUCCAUUAUCAUUGAAAUUUUCAUUAAUCCAGGAUUAUUUAGCCAAAUAUCUCCCCUACAGAUCUCAAUUAAUCCUAUUAUCCCAUUUCAGCUCAACCGAAGACCCUUACGAGUACCCUCGAGGCAUGGACACCUUCCUUACCCUCGAAGAAAAACUCGGCGAGAUCAUCAGUGUAAUUCGAAUUUGUAACAGAAAAUCCGCACAAAACGUUGAAAUUGAGUACAUCCCAGUCGUUCAUUAUCCUCCCCCCAAGGUUGCAAAUGGUGAAGAAGAAGAGGUUGAAGAGAAAAAAAGUGACGAAGAAAAUGAAGAAAUCCAUGACUCCCAAAUAGUAAAAAAUGAGUCUGUAGAGCUCCCACCCAGAUCUGAGCCUAGAGAGCCUGUAGGACUGAGCAAGCUUUUCCAGCUUUAUAAGCGAAAUACACCUUAUUUUGAAAGUUUUGAAGAGCUUGAAUGUCUUGAUGAGUGCUUCAGGAAAAUAAUUGGAUAUAUGAGGGAUGAAGCUUAUAUUAGUCCACAAGACAGCAUAAGAUUGAGAUGCCCGAACCUGCAGGUUUUAGCUUAA